AUGUCAUUCGUAAUAGACAUACCAACAGACAAUCCUCUAUUUAUUACCAGAGGUGAUUUGGGUAAAGGUUUGGAAGGAAACUUUUCAGAUCCAUCGUCGAUCACCAAAAAAAGCCAAGUAUUUAGUCAAUCUGAUCCAUUUAAAAUUAAAACAACAAAUCCACAUACUGAUCGAUCAAAGAUUGAAAGGAGUGAUGGAGAAAAAAAGACAUUACAAACAGAUGCUGGUGAUUCCUAUGAUGGUAAAAUAGGGUACAAGUCUAAAUUCCGUUUUUUCAAACAAAUGGGUCACACUUGUAUCGAGCUAUAUGACUCUCCUCCAUUCACCGAUGAAGUCAAAAAGGUAAAAGAUAUCGAGUCUCUAAGAGCUCAAUUUGGAUUUCAUUACAUUGGUAAAAUUGAAUUUGGUGCAGUUAUGGAUAUUACAAUUACAUUGGAAUCAGAGAAUAAAGACUCUAUAAAAUCUAUACAAUUACAAACCAGUUCAGACCUUUCUUUGGAUUCAUUGACCAAUGCGAUCAAUCAAUAUACUAGAGAGGAUUCAAUGGGUAUGGUCAGUUUUAAUAGCAAGGUGUCAUUGUUUGGAUGUGUUCAAAAGAAGAAUUUUGUUACUGUAAAUGAACUCAAGAAUAUUUUCGAGUUGAUUCAAGUGGAUGCGAGUAAUUUGGUUCCAAUUAGAAUGGAGAUUUGUCCGAUUCAACACAAAUUAAUUGAUUCAUUGGGUCUUCUUGGUUUUGAACACUAUAAGAGAAAGUUGGUCAUGAUUGGAGAAAAUAAUUGUCAAUUCGAUCAGAUGAUUGCCAGGUUGAAGCAAUUUCAAGCCAUGAUCGAUCCAAUCGUUGGAGAAGAGGAGCAAUCAUCUUUGGUCAUGGACCUUUUUGUAAAGGCUCCAAUUUUAAUUAGAAGAGUGACUGUAAUGAAAAAUCAAUCCAUCUCUUUUAUAAAAAACACAGUAGAAUAUAUAAUAGGUAAUAGUAUUCCACAUUCUGAAGAGUAUGUGGCAGAGGAAAUGUUGGUGGUAAAGAGAUUUGUUGGAGAAACUCUAACCGUUACUGAUAGAGGGUCAUGGUAUGGUUCAAGUAUUGACAAAGUACCAGUCUAUUAUGGCAAAUAUUGUUAUACAAACGGACAAACUUACAAUGGGUUUUGUCUCAAUGGAAAAAAAAAUGGUCAAGGUACACUUGAAUAUCCUGCUGGAAACAUUAGCCAUAUCAAAUCAAUUAAAGGAGGAACAACAGAGAAAUUAGUACAGGCAAGGGAUUUGAUUCGUUGGAAUGAAAAAAACAAAUCAAAAAUGUUAGCUUCACAUGUUGUCAAAUUUGAUCAAUAUCAAGGAGAACCAGUCAUAAAGUUUCGGAGGAACAUCUUUUCUUUUUUUUCGGUUUUCGAUCAACUCCAAAAUUCAAUCAGUACGGACAGAGACAGAUACUACUUUUUAUUGAUGGGUAUAACUGGCAGUGGCAAAACAACGAUGGUCGAGUAUCUACUCAACAUUCUCACUGGCCAACUCGACUCUCCCGACAAUCUUCGUGCAACGGACCUAGAGUCGACUGGCAUUGGCGAGAAGUCUAUGCAAUGUGUUUCAACGAUUGUUACAUUUUGUGAAACUCUUAUUGUGGCAUCCGAUACUAGACGUAUUAUCAAUGAAAUGAUUAAUGGAAUUGGAUCAAGACCUGUUUUAUUUUUGGAUAAUCCAUGGUCACAACACAGAAACAACACAAUCAAAUCUCAAUCAAUUGAUUCAGAGGGAGUGUAUGGGUUUGACAAUACAGGAGUUUUGCCCAAGAAAAUAGAAGAGACAACCAGAAGAGUCGUUCAGUUUAUGGUUGACAGAAUCAGAUCAAAUGUGCCAUUUGCCACGGCGGAAAUGAAAAGUCUUGGAGCAAUUAGAAACCAAUUAAUGAAAAACAUUCCAGAGAUUGGAAAGACCAUCAAGCUGAUAGGAGACAACACCAAGAUUAGCGAUAAAUUGGCAUCACAACAAAACCUUGAAGCAUAUAUCACCCAAACCAAGGAUUUGACAAUGGAAGAAUGGGUCAAAGAUAAAGGAUAUGCUUUAAUCGAUGGGGUACCCCAUGCAAAGAUAAUGUCUGGGGAGAGAUGGCCAGAUGGAGGUCAUGCAACUGUGUGUUUGGGUCCAGAAUGCAAGACUAUGGUUUGUCACCAAGGCUGCUCUCUUGCGUUUACCUCUCAGCGACAUAGUUCCAUUUUCACCGGGUGUAGGGCAUUCAGAGACACCCUUUCCAAAAUCAAAUCACAGUUUGUUGAUAAUGCCAGUGAUUGCCUACAUUGUCUAGAGUGCGAACUCAAUUGUUCUCAUCAACAUCAUAUCCACACUGAAUUUAAACUCGAGUGGUUUCCAAACAAUGAAAUUGUAAAGGCCUACUAUGAGAUUGUAAAAGGAUCAGAUUCUGCAUUGAAAAUGGCAAAUAAACUUAAUCAAGAUAAUUUAGAUUUACAAACAAAGUUUACUCUUCAAUUGGGAGAGAUAAAGAAACUAGAGAAGCAAUUUCAUGAACUGUCAGUGUUGGGUGACAUAAAAAAGUAUAUAGAGUCGACAAUCGCCGUUUACAGGCAACAAUUGGAAAAUGGAGGACAGGUUCUUGAAAUCAGAGGGCUUUUGGAACAACUGGAAGCAUUUUUAACGAUUUUAAAAGACUCACCUUCUAUUGAAGCAAACAUACAGAAUCAAGUUAGAGAGGGUAAAGCCCGAUAUUUCCAUGCAUGGAAUGUAGUUAAAAAAAUUAUAGCCUUGCCAUAUGGCCUAACCCCACUUUCUAUCAAAUCUUCUGGUGGAGAAAAGAAACUUAUUAAUGAUAUCGUCGAUGAAGAUGCAUCCUCUGAAACAAUACCAACUCGCUCUUUUAAACAAUUUUAA